AGUUAAAAUGCAAAUAUUUUCUUAACAUUACUUAACAAGAUGGCAUUUUUUCUUUGUUUUCAAAAGAGCAUCUGUUAAGGUGUAACGAUUUCCCCAUGGAGUCGGAUGCAAACGUGGACAAACUUUUAUUUUUUUAACUAAAACACAAAACGUAGAUGAGUCAAGACAAUCUUAACGGAGACACACUGUUCAUUAAAACACAAAAACAAUGUUGGGCAACAAAACAAUGUAGGGGACUUAGGAGUCCUUCUGGGAUUUUGUGAUUUUGCAACACGACAUCAAACAAACUCCACAGUAUUCGGAGGCGCGUGCGAUUUUUCAAAAUUACUGCAGAUAGAGAUUCAAAUAUUGAAUAGGGUUGCCCUCUGGCGGUUUGGAGGGGAACUGUGCAUGGCAGGCGUACACUGUUUGAGAUGAUGCCAAUAAGAAUUUUACAGAGGACAGCUUUUUACAACGCAGGCUACACACGAAGGCUACUCCUGAAAAAUGGGGCGGUUCCCACUUUGCUCGGACAAUCCUGCGCUUCUGAAUCAGAACCUGUGAGUUUUGUGUUGCGGCUCAGUUGUAGACCUCUGCUAACGUGCUAGCUAAAGUUUGCUAAGUUGCCUCAGUUUUUUAAGUGUUUGUUUGUAUGUUGGUGGUCUGACACAGACGUUGAUUGUAGCUGCUGUUGGGAUUGUAUCUUGAAACGGUUUAUAUCAAUCAAAUCACAAGAAUCCCAGCUUUCCAAAGAUGUAUCACGAGUACCUACGUACACACAGUAGCUGUGUACAGCAUAGUUUUGCAGUUAACAACGCAUUGGAAUUUACAUCGUAUCUGAAAGGUGAGAGAGUUACAAUAUAAAAACUUACCGCUGUGAAACGUUCUGCUCAAGCCGUGUUUGCAAACUUGCUUCCGCUUUUCUGAAUCGGGCUCGAACUGUUGCUUAGGAGCUUAGAAUCGCUUUAGAAGCUUUGGAGGCUGCAGCUAACGCUAAAGCGUACGCUAAAGCCAAGGGGCGUUACUUUUCCGACACACGCUUGAGCUUUGUGGCCAAUCACAAUGCAACGGGUCAGCUGGCCAAUCAGAGCACUCUGGGCUUUUCGGAAUUAGGGACUUUGGAGAAAUCGGAGCGUUUCAGGCAGCCUGGGAAUAGAGGAACUGCAAUACUGUACAUGGUCAGCAACGCUUGGCUCGAGACGUUGUUAUCAGCUAUUGAUGCUUUACCAAAAGAAACCAUCAGACAGGAGAUCCUGAGCCCACUGGUAUCGAAAGCUCAGCUCUCGCAGUCCGUACCGGCUCGUCUGGCCAGCUGUCGCAUCCUGGGGAAGGUGGCUGCCAAAUUUGAGUCAUCAGUGGUGAAGAAGGACCUGCUGCCCCUGGUCAGGUCGCUGUGUCAGGACGUGGAGUACGAGGUGCGCUCCUGCAUGUGUCGCCAGCUGGAGAACAUCGCCAGGGGAAUUGGACCGGAACAUACGAAGGCGGUGGUGUUGCCGGAGUUGGUUGAGCUGGCGCGUGAUGAGGGCAGCACCGUGAGACUGGCAGCCUUCGACACCAUCAUCAACCUCCUGGAGAUGUUCGACAGCGACGACAGGACACGUGUUAUAUUCCCGCUGGUGAAGACGUUCUGUGAGAAGUGCUUUAAAGCUGACGAGGCAGUGCUGGCAUCGCUGUCCUUCCAGUACGGCAAACUGUGUCACGGCCUCUCAGCGUCUUUCACAGACGAGCAGCACCUCUGGUUCCUGGAGUUCUAUAAGAAGCUGUGUUGCCUUGGUCUGCAGCAUGAGAACGGCCACUGCGAGAGCCAACCUUACCCUCUGGAACUGGAGAACAAGUACGCACUGGUGCGCCGCAACUGCGCCUACAAUUUCCCAGCCAUGGUGUUAUUUGCUGACCCAAACCACUUCCUGUCUGAGCUGUACCGGACCUUCUCAAGCCUCUGUCAUGAUCCUGAGAUCUCAGUGCGGCGCACAGCUGCCGAGGGGUUCCAUGAGGUGGUUAAACUGCUGGGUCCAAAUGUGCAUUAUGUACACAAAGAGCUGAUCACCUUACUGCAGGAUGACUCAUUAGAGGUACUGGAUGCCCUACUCAAUCAUCUCCAGGAGACAUUGGAACUGGCAACAUCCAGGGGAGAGGGAUCAGGACCUGAGAGCAAGCAGGUGAAUGUUCCUGACCUGGUUCCUGCACUGGUGGGUGCUGAGCAGAAGGUGGCGUCCUCACUGCGCUGGCGUGUCCAUGAGAAGCUGCUGCAGCGUUACUCCUGUUUGCCCCGCGUCAUCUCCGGAGACCACAUCUACUUCCGCUUCCUGCAGAGGAUGUUCAGCAUAAUCACCACCAAUAAUGUUUUACCGGUGCAGCGGGAAGCCGCCCGGACGCUGUGUGUGUUUCUGCGCUACAACCGCAAGCAGGAGCAGAGACAGGAGAUCAUCAGCAAAAUAGUGCAGGAGCUUGCUCAAGGGCGGAGUUACUGGAACCGGUUACGGUUUCUGGACCUGUGUGACAUCGCUAUAGAUCUCUUCUCUAAAUCCUACUUCUGUAAGCACUUCCUCCUGCAGGCGCUGGAGCUCAUCACGGACCCCGUGGCUAACGUCAGGUAUAAACUGUGCUACAUGCUGCCCAGGCUCAGGUCCACCAUCCGGCUACCUGCCGAUAAACAUCUGCUUCAGCAGCUGGAGUUCUGUGUGAGAAAACUGCUCUGUCGCGAGAAGGACAAAGACGUCGUAGCUACUGUACGCAAGACAGUCCUGGAGCUGGACAAAAUGGACAUCUCAGAACCGUAUCAUAAAAGGCAUGAAAGAGACCUGCUGGACCAAAAGAAGGAGAAGGAGGAAACUUUACUGUUGGAAAUGGAACUGCUAGAACGGCAGCAGAGUGAAGCGAAACUGACUGGAGAGAAGCACAGUGAAAAAAAGAGACGAGACAGCAAAGCAGGACUGUCUGGUACCAAAGGCAUGUCAGGGUCCACAUCUGGAGCCACCCUGUCCACAUCUGCUGGUAAGGAGAUGCGGAGAGCCAAGCUGGCUCGCAGUCGUUCCCUCAGUAGCCACCCGAGCACUCCCAAAAUGUCCAACUCUGAUAAAACUCUAAAAGUGAAGGAAUCAGGAAGUUGUCCUGGAUCAGGGAAGAGCUCCAUAAUAACAAUUAAUGAUGAUGCCCUGAGACCCCAUCAUUUCGUGGCGUCCUCGUCCACGUCGCUGUCCCAGACUCCCUCCACAUCGUCCAUGCCCGUGCUGAUCCGCAGCAACACGAGCAGCUCCGUAGAGCAUCGCAGCAACAGCAGCAAAGACGCACAGUCCAGAAAACUCUCCAUACAAAGGAAGUCUAACUCAUUCGGCAUGCAGUCUGGAAGGGAAUGAUGUACCAUUCAGGUGAGGGGACUUUGACACGGAGCCUGAAGGAGAACCAGAUGGUGAUACGUUCGUCUUCAGGACGCUGCGUUCAUCCCUCAUUCCUCCUCUGGAGCAGAACCAGCUGAACUCUCAUGCUCAGGCUGUGGAGGAGGAAAACAGGAGGCACCAGGAUUCUUCUCACAAGUAAACAUCGAUCCAUCUCUGCCUUAUUUCACACCAAAACUUGUAUCAUUUGUCCAAAAAAAAGAGGAAGAGUAAUAGGUAAUCUGAUGUAUUUUAUUUAUUGAGUCAUUUAUUUUGAUUUGUUUUUUCUUUUUUUUUUUUUCUUUUUGUAUUAUAGCAUGCUUUGCAGAAUCUUUGUUUUAUAAUAUUUUCCGACUCGCUAGGAUAAAAGUGUGUAUUUUUAUGACUGAGCACCACCUUUAGGAGUUCUGGGACUCUCCAUUUCCACCAGUGAGAUUGUUCCUGGUGCUUUAAAGCACCCAAGUGAUUCACGCCAACACAGAACCCAAACAAUAAAGCCCAUGGUGAACACCA